AUGCGCCGGUACGGCGCGUCUCUCGUACGGCCGGUGGCUGAAGCCAUGGAGGCCACACGCGCCCAUGGCGCUGUGGCCCUGGAGAGAGGCGCAGAAGCUGCAAGCGAGGCGCGCCGCCAAGGCAACGCAGCUCUGCGAUCCAGCGCGGAGACAGCAGAGGCACUUCGAAAAGCCGGUGUCCAAGCAGCGCAGACAAGCGCCGAGAUGAUCCAGCAGGGAACAGAGGUGGCACGUGCAAAUUGGCAACACGGUGCGGAGGCUUGUCAGCGUGGGAUGCACGAGGCUUCAGCGGCAUGGAGAAAGGCAGCGCCUUAUGUUGACAAGGCCAUUUUGCUGGUCAACGUCGCUUGUGCGCUUGCUAUCGGAGGAUUCCUGACGCUGGGAAUUAUGCUGGCCUGCAAGCCUCUGAAGCCUUCACGGAUGCACCAUGGAGCCUUCGACCGCAUGUUUUGGGUUACCCAGGGCCUGUACCUCGUGGCCUUCAGCAUUCCUGCCCUUGUGGCCACGGUGCAGUGUGGCAUCCUACGGAAUGGCUUCGAAAGUUGGCCGACGUGGCUGAACAUUGAGCUUUGGCUCGGAGUCUUGAAGUUCCAAGUGGGCAGAGCCGUGUUCUUCAUCGGUGCAGGCUUCUAUGUAUUUCCACUGAUGGCAAACUUCGGACUGGCGGCCGAUGUGGAGCUCUGGACAGUCAUCUUGUCCUACUUCCUAGGCAUCCUUUCUUUGCUGUCGGGCAGCUUCCUGCUCAUUUUCGAAGGACUGCUGUCCGUGUACAUACGCCAGGCUCUGUACGACAGGGUACCGCAGACAGCUCCAUGA